AUGGCUCCAGCAUGCAACCUGAACGGUAACUGGCACUACCAAUUCCGCGUCAUUCUGUUGGGCGAUUCCACCGUGGGCAAAACCUCUCUGUUGAGGAGGUACACCGAGAGGUACUUCUUACCGGAUCCAUGCCCCACUGUGGGUGUGGAGUUCUACAGCAAGAUCAUGGAGCUGCCACCCGGCAUCAAGGUGAAGCUACAGCUUUGGGACACGGCUGGUCAAGAAAGGUUCAGAUCCAUUACCAGGUCUUUCUAUCGGAAUGCGGUGGGAGUUUUCUUGGUCUUUGAUAUGACCAAUCGGAGAUCUUUUGAGAACAUCUUUGAGUGGCACAAUGAAGUAACUACCGCCCAGACAAUGGAGAAAGUAAUUUUCCUCCUAAUUGGACACAAAAGUGACCGUCAGUCAGAGUACAGAGUCUCCAUUGAGGAAGCUGAGGGGAUGGCCACUUGUCUGGGAACCCGGUUCAUCGGAACGUCAGCAAAGGACAACAUGAACGUGGAUUUGGCUUUCGAUACCAUGACCAAUGCCAUUUAUGAGGCUCUGAGAAAAAAAGAAAUUGAUCUGCAGGAAGGAUGGGACGGCAUCAAGGUCAUUCAUAAAAAGUCAAUCAGCAGCAGCCAAAUGAGGAGGAAGAAGCCAGAAGAGAAAUGUCAGUGUUAAGAAGGGAAAGGACUGGGAUGUGAUUGAAAGAAACAUUCAUUUUGAAGUUUAGUCACAUCGGCGUUUUUCUACAUCCUACUUCCUGUCAGGCCUUGGCAAAUUUUCUGUGGCUCUAGGAGCAAGUCCAAAAAUUUAGGAGCCAGACUUUUUUUCAGCUUUCAGGAUUUUGGAUUUUAACGACCAUUUUCUAAUAACUGUUACCACAAAACUUGAUCCUAAACUCUUCACAGUUUCUCAUAAUUCUUUUUUUUUUUAAUAAUGGUGGCACAGUGAUAUAAAUAAAUAAAUACAGGGUAACCAUAUUUGUCACUGCAA